GCAGCGGAGUGGCGACUCCUGCUGACGGGAGGGCCGCGGCGACCGGCACUCAGCAUGGCGUACUUCUACCGCCUCCUUCUGGCUAUCGUUGCAGCGCUCGCAGCGGCCGACCUCGUGGGCGGCCAGGCUUGCCGGGACGGCUGGGGCCGGGACGGCUUCUGCGUCGAACUGCGCUCCUGCGUCGCCAUCUUCCGGCUGCUGCGUUCGAAGCCACCUUCCGAGGACGUGGCCCGGAUCAGGAAGAGCCUCUGCCGCUCACCGAGCAAAAAGCCGUUCGUGUGCUGUGCUACGCCUCCACCUUCACGCACGCCCUCAACCACCACCACCACAACCACAACCACAACCACCACCACCACGCCGGCACCGCUGGACCUCUCACAGUUUGAUCCCAACACGCCCGAGGGGAACCCGAAGCGUCUGCUGCUGCCUGCGCCGCCCCAGUGCGGCCACCAGGGUGUCGACAUUCGGAUCGUGGGUGGCGAGGAGGCCACACUCGGGGAGUUCCCUUGGCUGGCCCUGCUCGGCUUCAAAGAUGAGGAGCCAGAGUACGUUUACAACUAUGACGACUACGGCUACGACACGCCGGCGGAGAGCACCGAAGAAGCCGAGCCACGCGUGCGGUACGACUGCGGUGCUGCACUCAUCAGUGACCGCUACGUUGUGACGGCGGCCCACUGCAUCCCGUCGCCGUCAGCGUCGAGCAAAAUAGUGAAGAUCCGCCUUGGAGAACACAAUCUGGAUACAGAGACUGACUGCCAAGAGGAGGACGCCGCCAUACCCGGCCAACCGCCAGGCGAAGGGAGAGUCUGCAACAACCCGCCGGUGGACGUGGCGCCAGAGUGGAUUCUUCCGCACGAGGACUUCAACAAGCCUUACCGCAACAAGAAUGAUAUCGCGCUGAUCAAGCUCUCCCAGCCCGUCAACUUUACCACGUGGAUACGGCCCAUAUGCUUGCCGUUCGGAGACUGGCGGAUCCAAGAUCCCCCGCCAGGUCCCAGGCCGUAUGUUGCUGGAUUUGGGCUGACCAAGGCCUACGGCGACAUAAGUCCAACGCUGCAGAUGCUGCGUGUGCCCAUCGUGGAUACGCAGCAGUGUGCGCGCCAGUUCCGCCGGCUGCGCGCCAAGGUCGGCCAAGGUCAGAUGUGCGCCGGGGGCGAGAAAGGCAAGGACUCGUGCAAGGGCGACUCGGGCGGCCCACUGAUGAUGCACGGGUCCUACGGGCCGCCCUACUACUUGGUGGGCGUCGUCUCGUACGGCACGCUUCGCUGUGGCGGCGGCAACAUGCCCGGUAUCUACACGAGAGUCGCCGACUACAUGGACUGGAUCCUCGACAAGAUGACAUACUGAGCAUCCGCAGGGACCGCCACCGGACACUGAGACACCGUCUGGAGGCGCCCGUUCCGAGUCACGUCUCGGUCGUCGGGUGGGGGGGGGAUCAUCAGGGGGGGGGGGGAUGGUGCUCAGCGUCGGCGGAACUUGGAGCUUUGGCCACCGGAGUGUAGCCACUGGUGACGCGCGGCGUUUGAGCUGGAGGCAUGGGGCUCGGUGCGCACGAAUCGCCGAGUGUGACUGGUGCUGGAGGAUCGGUCACGUGGUGUUUCAAAGGCAGGAAACAGUGCCCGCUGCCAAUAGCAGAUAUGAACUGUGUUUGAAACGCGUUGUGCAGAAUGACGCUACAGUUUCCUAAAUUCACCGUUACCGAAUAAUCUGCGACCUGGACAACCGUGCCCGGGAUGACAGCAAUACAAGCGUAGGGGCCACUGA